AUGGGCACGAGCCAAUCUAAGGGUGUGCGCGUCACAAAGCAGGACCGCGCUGUGUUGGACUUAAAAGUUCAACGCGACCGCGUGCGGCAGUACCAGCGUAAACUGCAACAGGUACUAGAUCGCGAACAUGACAUUGCGAGACAGGCUGUUCGGGAAGGCCACAUGGAGCGUGCACGUCUCGCGCUGCGGCAACGUGCAUAUCAAAACGGCUUGAUCGAAAAAACGGAUCAGCAACUCGCCACUCUGCAAGAAUUGGUAUCUACUAUCGAGUUCGCACAGCUUGAGCAGAGUGUACUCUAUGGCCUCUCUCAGGGUAGCGAAGUACUCAAGCAGAUCCAUGAGGAAACACGUCUGGAACGCGUUGAGCAGAUACUGGACACUGCAGCCGAAUCACAGCACUAUCAAAACGAAAUCAACGACAUGCUCUCUAGCACCCUGACUGCCGACGAGCAACAGUCUGUGGAGGAGGAAUUGGUGCGCAUCGCCUCGCAAGCACAGGAAAUGCCAGAUGCUGGCACGCACCACACCACAAUGGAACCUACACUUCCCUCAGCUCCUAAGCACGACAUGGCACGCACGUCGUCUGGACGGGAGAGAACUCACGAGGUUCUGGUGACAGAGCAUGCAUCAUAA